UUCCCCCUCAGAUACUCAGCAGUAUCUGGUCUCCUGGGCUAUUCUGAAUGUGGUCACCCUCAUAAUUAAAAUAUUACCUGUGUUAGUCUGUGCACUUAAGAUAUUUGACUGCACAAUAAGAAAACCAAGGCAUGUGGUUUCUGUGAUGCUGUUGCAGCAUUUGUUGCAGAAUUGCUGAAACUCUGUAUUGGUAGUUUUCUGUGCCACCCCGAGAUUUUAAUUUGGCCACCCCAUUGAAAAAUGCCUGAAGGUACCACUGCAGGUAUUUUGGUCAGUAAAAAGUCAACUUCCCCCUCUUGUUGACAAGAGCCAUCCUUCUCUGUCCACUAAAGUGUAUCCUUAUUUCUCCUAAAGUGAGAUUUGUGAAUUUUCUCAAGAAUAAACUGUGAUCAUAUCCACAGAAGGGCAGUGCCGAGUGCAAAAGUGCAAAGUCACAGAAAGCCUUUCAGAAUAAUACCCAGGAGCCCCAUGUGCAAAUCUGUGAUUGAUAUGAGGUGCAAUAAAAUCAUCUACAGACCAGUGAGCACUUCCUGUUCUAUGAACAGAACUGACUGCUGUGGCCUUCAGUCUCUCUGUCAUGCGGAAACCAUGAAUUAGUGCAUGACUGCCCUCUGCUGUUCCUGUUGACACAAAGCAACCAUCUAAAACCCAAUAAUUAAUGCUGUUCUUUCUUUUAACUGCAUCAUUUACUACAUUUUACAAGCAUUUCAUUUUUAUUUUUGUAUUUAGUUCACACCUUUAAGAUGUGAUUUACCGAUAUUUCACUAAUUCACUUACAAAACAGCACUUUGAAUUAGUGUAUCAUAACUGACAAAACAAAGCCGAAACUGUGACAGAUCUUAUCUCUAUUUCCAAAUUAGUCAAAUCACUCCUUAGUUUUAGUGUGUCAUCAGGCACUUGCCCGUCACUGUUCGUAAGUCACAGAGAUAAAAAUAGACAUUUCACAAUGCUUUAGGGGAAUUGGAUGUUGUCAUAGAAAACAAACCGUGAAAAGUAGUCAGUGUCACACAUUACAUAUGUGUUUUCUGACAUCACUUCUUUCAAUGAAACCUGACUGACUGAUGAUGUCAUGUCUGUGAAAUUUUUUGGCAUGUGGCUUUCCCAUGCACAUAUGAAGCAAAAAAGAGAAAUCAUGAUCAGGCUUGUUUGACAUAAUUCUGUCAAGUGUAACUUCCUGUGAACAGGGCGCUAAAUAGUGGUGACAGAUAGCAAUCUUUUAAAGUAGCUAACGUUUAUGUGACUUACUGGGGACAUGGCGGUUUUGUGGUGUCUGACACUGUCUGUAACAGUGUUGCGUAACACUUUUGUCACCAGCCACACCUUUCCGCGCCCCCUAGCAAGUGGUAGUUACAGCUGAGCCGGGCUCAGAGCUAUAAGUGAGUUGCCAGCAGCUAUGGAGUAAAUUAUCUACAGGACAGCUCAACAGAAACAUGCUGUGGACUAUAUUUCUACUUCUUAAAGGACUGCUUAUACUAAUUCUCAUUUACUGCUCUCGCACAAGACAAAAAAAUGAGCCUCCUCUGGACAAAGGUUUCCUUCCAUGGCUUGGACAUGCUCUGGAGUUUGGAAAAGAUGCUGCAAAGUUUUUGGGCCGGAUGAAAGAAAAACAUGGAGAUAUAUUCACAGUCCGUGUUGCUGGUCAUUAUGUGACAGUGCUAUUAGACCCGAACUCCUUUGAUAAUGUGCUGAAUGACACAGUCUGCUUCGACUUCUCCCACAUCAAAACCCAGCUUUUGAAAAGGAUCUUCAGACUGCAGCUGCCAAAUGUCAAACCUACGUCAGAGAGAAAAUGGAUAAAAAAGCAUUUUCAAGGUCUCAGUCUCUUCAAGUUCAGCAGUUGUAUGAAUACUCACCUUCAGAACCUGCUCCUCAGUAACCACAAAGGCUGUGGCCCUUCAGAGUGGAGACAGGAUGGACUCUUUAGCCUCUGUUACAGCCUUCUUUUCAGGGCUGGCUAUCUUACAUUGUUUGAGAGGAGAGACAAUACUGCAGAAGUCUAUAAAGAGUUCCGCAAGUUUGAUGAUCUUCUCACCAAACUGGCUCGCUGCUCACUCAAAAGAGAGGAAAUGAAAGCAGCCAACUCAUCCCGGGAGCGACUGUGGGAGCUGCUGUCUCCAGGCUGCCUCAGCGGAGGGUCGCAGGAAAACUCCUGGCAGCAGAGCUACCAUCGCUUCCUGCAGGAGGAGGGAAUAGAUGCAGAAAUGCAGAAAAGAGCCGCGCUGUUGCAGCUGUGGACCACACAGUGCAAUGCUGGACCUGCUGCCUUUUGGCUCCUUGGCUUCCUGCUCACUCACCCCGAGGCCAUGGAGGCUGUUAAGUCAGAGAUCAGAGGCCUUUCCGCUCUCCAGGAUACUUCCCUACAGCAUCCCCUUAUCAGCUUGCUGGAAGCACACAGCACACCUGUGUUUGAUAGCGUUCUGAGUGAGACCCUACGACUCACCGCUGCGGUAAUGAUCAACAGGGAGGUGGUGCAGGACAAGAUCCUGCGGCUAGCCAACGGACAGGAGUACCACCUCAGACGAGGGGACAGAGUAUGCCUGUUCCCCUUCCUCAGCCCUCAGAUGGACCCACAGAUACACCAAGAACCACAGAUUUUCAAGUAUGAUCGCUUCCUAAAUGAAGAUAUGACAGUGAAGGAUAAAUUCUACAAGGAUGGGAAAAUGCUCAAGUAUGGCACUAUGCCUUGGGGUGCAGGGAGGAACAGCUGUGUUGGAAAAGAGUUUGCUGUUACAACCAUUAAACAAUUUGUGUUCCUGUUACUGACACAUCUUGAUCUGGAGAUGUGCAACCCUGAGGCUAAACUAACAUCAGUUAAUCCCAGUCGCUACGGCUUUGGGAUGCUGCAGCCAGACGGAGAUCUGCAGGUCCGAUACAGACUGAAGAGGACGCAGCAUGAAAUGUGACUUGAUGAAUACAAACAGUGAUUGAUAAACCUUUUUGUUAAAUGUACUGAAUGUAAUGUUGCACUAUUUAUUCCAUGUCAUAUUUAAUCCGUCCAUUUAUUAAUCAUAUUUAACUUUGUUGUGUGUAAAAUAAUAUUUUUAAUAAAAAGGGAAAAAACAAGUCAAA